AUGUCUAAUAUCAUCCCUCCUAACCCCGACGCGUACGCGACCAUCCUCGGAUACCUGGAGUCACUCUCGCAACGCCAGAUCCAAGGUGUCGUUGAUGCCGCGCAGGUUCUUGUCGCCAGGACUGCCGCUUUCAACAGAGUCCGAGACAGGCGAUGGGAGAGGGCGAACAUGAUUGAAGAGUUUGGGUAUGCGGCGGAGGUCCAGUGCGGUGCGUGCAUGGUGAAGUCCUCCGGGGAUAGACGCUGCAUCGUGCUUGGUGAGAACCAGCGAUGCCACUGUUGCGUCAAGCAGGCAAAGGUUUGCUCCUUCCAGAAGAAGGCCGCCAAGACCCCUGACGCGGGUGCCCCCGUUGGCCAGGUCCAUGCGGGCCACGUUCCCCAGUACGAUGGCAACCCUAUCCAGUACGAGGGUUCUGCCAACCAGUACAGGGGUGCCCCUGCGCAAUACGGGGAAGGUCCCAACCAUUACGAGCUGUCCGACAGCCAAUCUGGUUCCGGUGCCAGCUCGUCGGGCUCCUACUCCUUGACACGGAAGGUGGAAAUUUGGCAGUUUUGGAACGAGCCUAAGCUUGUCGUUGUCGCUUGA